AUGGACGAGAUGAAGCUUUGGGUGAAGGUUUGCUGUGUUGCUGCUACUGGAGUUCAGCAGCGAACGACGGAUAAAGAAGCAACGCUUGAGUCUUUCAGCUCAAUUCGUAAACAUACAAGGCUACGUAAACAUCAUUAUGGCAGAAACUCACAUAUAUAUCGUCCGGGUAAUGCUGACAUCUUGAUAUUACCCACAAACUUCUCCGAAUACCUAAGCUAUUCUCUUUGGAAAUUUAUUCAUACUAGUGUUAUUAGAUUCGCUAAUGAUGGGGCUAGAUUAAUAGCCUAG